GAAAAUAAAAUAAGAUUCUAAUUCUCGAAAAAUCUCAAUAAAUGAGGAUGCGUGAAAUGAUUAUGCAUGACUCAUAUUCCUUUAAUUAAAUUAUGAGAUGCUAAUCCUAUUUAAGGAAUUAAAGCUCGUCUUAUGAGGUCGGAUUAUUAAUCUUUAAUAAUCUACUCAUCUUAAAAUAAUCUAAUUCACUUACUAAUUAAUAAUUAGUAAGUCUUAAAAUCUUCUCUAAUUAAAUUUAAUAGAAUAAUUAUGAAGACCCAAUUAAAAUAAAAUAAUCAAGGCCCAAAAGGAAUUUAAUUCGAGCCCAAAAGAAUAAAUUCGAAGCCCAGUGCAUUAAUAAUAUUAGGCCCAACAUCAAUUAAUUUAUAGAGCCCAACACAUGAGGCCCAAGAUAAUAAAAUCAUGAAGCCCAAUAAGUGAGCCCAUCAUCACCCUUAAAAUAAUUAGUAAAUUUUAAUAUUAAUCUUAUCUCGUCAAAACCUUAGACUCAAAACAUUAUCACAUACUACCAUUUAGGUUCGAAACUAUUUAUUCGAACAUCAACAUGCGCAUUAAUCAUAACUCGUUCUAUUUAUGUCAUCAAGUCAAAUAUUCCGUCAUUUAAAAAAAAACAAAACCUAUAAUAUUACAUAGAUAAAUUAUAUCAUCAUAGAUCAUGCUUUCUCAUACAUAAAACAAUUUAAUCCUUUUCAAAUAAUCCAUAUUAAUAAGUCGUUUGAAAAGAAUUAAUUUAAAUGAGAGUUUAACUCAAAAUAUUUUAUUUUAUAAUCCCUUUAUAAAUACUUGAAAUAAAGAACUCCAUUUAAAUAAUUAAUUUAAAGGUCAAUAUAUAAUUAAAUUAAUCAAGCUCAAUUUAAAUUAAUAAUUAAGAGCUCAAAUAAUUUAAAUAGAUAUAAGCCCAAAUUAAUUAGAUAAAUUAAGUCUAUCAUGUUUUUCUUUGAAUAAGCCCCAAACAAUUAAAUUAAAAUAGGCCCAAAUAAGAAAGCCCAAAAUUUUCGGCCCAAACCCGGCUCAAACCCGGCCCAAACCCAGCUGAAACCCGGCCCAAACCCAGCUCCCUUUUCUAACCUAAAUAUACACACACCAAAUACACUCAAACACACACAUUAGCUGCGCCCCAUCUCUUCUUUCUCACUCUCUCUCUCGCCUUUCUCUCUCGGACCUCUCUCUCUCGUUUUCUGCCGUUCUGCCGCCGCCGCUGCCGUUCAACGGCGCCGUCGCCGCCGGCGAGCGGCGCGGCUUCUCCUUCUCUCUCCCUGAACUUUUCCCCCCCUCUUCUCCUCUAUCUCUCUCGCUCAAUCUCGGCCGCUGGAAAGGCACAGCAAGCGCAACCACGCCGAUGUGCCGCCAUCGCCGGGCCGCCGCCUGCUCCCUCAUCCUCGCGGCAGAUCCGCCGCCGCCGUUCAACGCCACGGCCGCCUGGAGCUGCUGCUGUUCGCCUGAGGUCGACGGAUCUGGCCUUCAGUCGUUCGUCUUGCUCGGAGUUCCCGCCGCCGUUGGCUUGCCCGGAGUCGCCGCUGGCUGGCCCGCGAUCGACGGCCAGCAGCUCGCUGGAGGAGCCGAGCACCGUCUCACAAAGAUCGGAGACAACCGCGGCUCCGUCGCCGUCCGUCAACCGCCGGCGACGACGAGCCACCGAGGCUGCCCUCCCCCUGACCUCGACUCACACACGCAAUCAGCCAACACAAAGGGUUUUUGUGCGAGAAUCAUAUACUGUAAUUGCUCAAAUAAAAGUUUUAACUCUUUCCUUGUAACUUCAGUUCACAAGUACAUAUUUAGUAACUGUAAAUCUAUGAAUUUGCUACUCAUUUUCUUCAUUUAUCAAAGCAUAUGUAAAUCUGAGUUAAUGAGCAUGUGUUGGUAUUCUGGAGUUGAUGUAUACAAUUGAAGGAUAUUAUAAUAUAUAAAUUAGAAAUAUAAA